CCCGGGGCGGCAGCGGGGCUGGGCAGAACCGCGGGGGGACUGGGGCGGGUGUGGAAGCGGGGUGUGCCGGGCGCUUCUCCCCGCUGUCCGGUGAGCGCCUGCGGAGCGUUAGUGGCCCCCGGAGGAGGAGGAAGGACGGGUUACCGAGGGGCUGUCUGAGCGCGGUUUGCCUCUGUCCACAGGCAGCGGCGGUCGCCGCGGGGUCCAUGAGGCCCGGGCUCACGGCUCGCCCCGGCUCCGGCAGCGCCCUGGUGCGGCGGUGAGAUGGGGGGCAACCUGGGCUGCCACCGCUCCAUCCCCCGGGACCCCGCCGACCUGUGCCACAGCCGCAAGUUCAGCGCGGCGUGCAACUUCAGCAACAUCCUGGUCAACCAGGAGAGGCUCAACAUCAACACGGCCACCGAGGAGGAGCUGAUGACUCUGCCCGGGGUCACCCGAGUGGUGGCCCAGAACAUCGUGGAGUACCGGGAGUACAUCGGCGGCUUCAAGAAAGUGGAGGACUUGGCGCUGGUGAGCGGGGUGGGGGCGGCCAAGCUGGAGCAGGUGAAGUUCGAGAUCUGUGUGAGCAGUAAGGGCAGCUCUGCGCAGCACUCGCCCAGCUCCCUGCGGAAGGACCUGGCCUCGGAGCACCACCUGUCCGCCACCAAGAUCAAUAUCAACACAGCCACGCCGGCACAGCUCAUGAGCAUCCGCGGCAUCACCGAGAAGAUCGCCAACAGCAUCGUGGACUACAGGAAGGAGCACGGGCCCUUCAAAAGUAUCGAGGACCUGGUGAGGAUGAACUGCAUCAAUUCUUCCUUCCUAGACAAAAUCCGGCAUCAGAUUUUUGCGGAGAGGUCCCGACCCCCUUCAACGAACACCAAUGGUGGCCUCAACUUCACAGCCAAGCCUCAUCCCAGCCCCACUUCUCUCAGCCUCCAGAGCGAGGACUUGGAUUUUCCCCCUGGGGGCCCAACCCAGAUUAUCUCCACUCGCCCCUCUGUGGAGAUGUUUGGGGGGCUGAGGGAUGGCAGACCUGUGCUGAGGGUGGCUACGUGGAACCUGCAGAGCUGCUCCAUCGAGAAAGCCAACAACCCAGGUGUGCGGGAGGUCAUCUGCAUGACGCUGCUGGAGAACAGUAUCAAGCUUUUGGCUGUGCAGGAGCUGCUCGACAGAGAAGCACUGGAAAAGUUUUGUAUGGAGCUGAACCAGCCGACGCUGCCAAACAUCCGCAAGUGGAAGGGCCCUAGAGGAUGUUGGAAGGGUGUUGUUUCCGAAAAACCAUCAGGCCAGCUACCAAAGGGAGUUGAAUAUUCCGGUUUCCUCUGGGAUACAACAGCUGGCAUUGAGCUGAAAGAUGCUUCUUCUCAGGAGAAUGUACAGACUAAUGGCAAUGGGAGACACUCAUAUCCUCACCCGUAUAUUGCACAUUUCAAGGUUGGGAUGAAUGACCUAACACUGGUUAACCUUCACCUGGCCUUGGCUCAUGCAGCGGGGGACAACACGGGGAAGAACCACGACAGCCACAAGCUAGCGACCUUUGCACAGACCUUGCAGGAGACUCUGAAAGGUAUGGCGUUGUCUUCCUUCCAGUUAGUAUCUGCACGUAUCUAAUGAAAAGGAACUUAAAAUGUGUAUCUAACUGCCUUACUGCAGCUUUCACAAAUUUCCUCACCUCCUGUACGUAGCCUUUACCUUUCUUCGAAUGAUACACAGCUUGCAAAACAUGUUUUUUUUUUCUGUUCAUUAUCUUACAUUCUAUUCUAAUUAGCACAAAUACCUCAUAAGAUCCUACUGGCUUCAACCACGCUUUUCAAGUGAAUCUCCUUGUGAUUUUGUUCUAGCAUAGGAGCAAAUUGAAACAAGCAGAAGGAAAAGAUACCGGGUUAAAACUGUGUUUGUGGAAAUGGGAUCUACCAUUUCUAUCAUCUAUCAGAACAAAACUUGGCGGCUUUUUCCCAUAGGAAGUUUGUUCUUUGUUUGUUUUUGGAUAUUUGGAGGUGCUUGCUAAUGAGAAAGCAGACCAGAAACCAGCUUUGGUACAUGGAUGUGAUAAAUAGAACAAUUCUGUUGGUUUCAGAUGAGUUGCUCUGGUUUUGCACCAGGAUGAGUGACACCAGAAUUUGUAUCUCAGCUUGAGCAACGUAACAGACAGCUGAAUUUCUUCACCUCAUUUCUGAGAAUUUGCUUCUUAUUCUGAUACUUGCAAAUUUAACUGCAUUUCCAGUGGAGCAGAACAGCUGGUUUCAGAUUCAAAGCGGUGUUGGCGUUGGUGAUCUUUUCAUAGGACCUGAGAAAUCUAGCCCUUUGCUUACCGCUUAACAAAGAAGUACAAGGGUUACGGGGUUAUAGUCAUGAUGAUUUUCCUCUUGGCAUAGUUUUGCAAGGUCAGUCACUUGAAAGCAUUAAAAUCCUCUUGUAUAACACGAGAGGUAAUUAUUGUUUUUAUGCACGCUCCGUUGUUUUUCCUUUUGAGCUGCAAGAAAUCAGAGCUAUUUUUAAGUGCUACAGAUUGAAGUAUUUGUCCACAUACUUUGAGAAAGAAAAGGAUGAAGGCAAACAAAAGGGUCAUUUGUUUAAUCCCAGAAGGCUGAAUCAGGAUGCAGAUAACCAUGUAGCUCUUCCGAAGUCAACAGAGAUGCAUUUCCGCUGCACCUAAAUUUAGCUUGUUGACAUUAGGGCUUCUUUUCGUUUGUGUUUUCAUUGUCAUGUGGUGGGCACAGUACUGUUGUUCUUGACUUCAUCUUUCACAAAAGGUGAAGUUCAAAUUCCUAACAUGUGGGAUGCAGGUCUUGUUUCGUAAACAAAUACUUGUGCACACGUGUUAUUUUGAGUACUGAAUUACUCUGCCAAAAUCGAUGCCAGGCUUAAAAUUACCACCGUUCUUUUAUUUUUUCAAUGCCGAUCCAUAAAAUAUGAUUAAUUAAGACUUUGCCUGUUGCUUUUCCAGUCAGUCUGUGUUUCUCAUCCCAUUUUGCUGGCAGGUGCCUUCUUUGCUGUCUUACAAAGAAGACAAGCUCAAGAAGUUCAGUUAUGCACAGGCUCCUGUAAUGUCUCCAUCCCCCACAGCAGCAGAGUACCCAUAUUUCUCCCAUCAGAUGAGUGGGUCCUGGUUUCUUCUGGUCCUCCUUUCCUCUCAGUGGUACCAGAAAGACUCGGUGGUUGUUUGCUGCUGGUAACUAACUCUGCAGCAACCCUUCUGCCUUCUCUUAAGCACUCUACCUGUUCAUCUCCACUGUGGUGACUGUGACCAUACAGACAUUAUCCCAGGUGUGCUGGUAGUGCUUGGACCCAGAGUUGGCUUAGUCGUCUUCUCCCAUCUGGCUUGGCCAUAUUGCAAAGUACCCAUGCAUCAGGCACUAAGCCUAGAAGGCGUCUGAGAGGUGGUAGGGAGCUCCUUAGCAGCCUCGGUGCUGUUAAAUCCUUUCCAUCAUCUGGUUUUUGCGCUCUUCAGCAAAAAUGUGGGGGUUUGAGUGUCUGUUUAAUUCAUUAGGGGACUGAUUAGGGGCAUGUGGAAGUCAAGGGAGAGUAACCUCCAGGUAUCCCUUUGUACUGCUGUGGAACAACCAAGGGCCCCACCAUUGCUGCAAGACAACAAAAUGAAGCACUGCAGAUGUCUUCUGGCACAGAUGUUCAGCCAGGGAUUUGCUGCUAUGUGGAGCACCAGGAACUUCUGGUUGAGGGGACCAGAAAGAGACCCUUUCUCUUGGUGAUGGGCUGGAAAACAGUUUUGGCUUCUUGAAUGCUCACUGCACCCUGUUUAUCCCUUCUCUGUCCACUUUAUGUUGCGUUAUGAUUGUGCGCUUAUCUGUUCUGCAUGAGAAAGUUUAAAACAGAAUACAGUGACUCAUUUCCUGUGUAUACACCAGACUGACUUUGUACCUGAUUCCACGAACAUAUCUAGGUGUUAUUUUAACCUCUGUUAUUUCUGAGCUGUUCAGAACUGAGCAGUUAAAAUUUCUAUUUCUGAUUGUGAUUUUUUAAUGUAUUUUUUAAUAUAUUUUAAUAUAUUUUUCAUGUAAGGCUGGAGGAUUUGCUAAGAUAUGUAUUUUGUGCAGGAUCGAGAUGCUGUUGCUGGGAUUCCUGCCUGUCUAUAAUUUGUAAUCCCCAUCAAGGACUCACUCCCAACCUUUCCACAGUGGCCUUCUCCCCUUUAUAUCAGGAGCCAAGUGCUGCCUUGGCCAUUAAGCAAACUUUAUUCCUGGAGGAUUGCAGCAGUGCGGUUGCACUUGUUGCAGUUUCCUGCAGCAUCACGAUGCCCAGACAUGAAGCCAUCAGAUUCAGCCUCCUGCUCCAGAUCUUGGUGUUUUUUUUGCACUGCCAUCUCACAGUGAGCAUGCUGCUUGGCGUGCUGCAGGAAGGGAAGCCUGCCUGCCUCACCAAAUCAGAGCUGCAGAAGAGGAAGGUGGCAUUUCAGUGGCACUGUUAAAGCAUUUUGUUCAGAUCACGAGAACAAACCAGUUUUCUCCAGGGAAUUUGGUUCUUCCCCAUUAGAUCAGCUCUGAUUCUCUUUUGUGUUCUGACAGAUCUUAAAAUAACUUGUGCUCAGGCUUGGGUUUUUGUUUCUUUUAAAGGUGGGAAGGUCAGUAUCACCAGCACUUUGCAGAACAGUAUUUAAACUUCACAUCACAUUCAAUGUGAACACAGCUCACAAAGGGCAGAGAAGCUACAAGCAGUUUCAUUAUGUUUUCGUCACCUCUCUGCAUCUUAGCAAGCAGAGUGUUUAGAAAUAUGUGUUUGUUUGCUUUUUGUAAGUCAUAAACCAUCAGUCUCUCUGCCCUCCUGCCCUCUCUUAGUUCAUCUUUGAAGAUCUGCAGGCAGAGUGCAAUGAUUCUGUUGUUUAACUUGUGCUCCCUCUUUUGGCUAGCUACUCGUACAGCAACAGCACGCAGCAGGUCGGUUUAUCCAUGAGCACUGCUUAUGGUGGAGCAGUCUCUCAGUCCUCUUCCUCCGCACUUCAACCAGAGAAAGCAAAGGGACUUGGAGAAUAUAACAGUUGCCUUCUUUGAAAUUGGCUUUGUGAUCAUUUUUGGUGCAUUUGUGCAUCCUUGUUGCAGUUUUCUUCCUUCACCAGUACCAGGGGCUGUGUUGCAGCAGUCUUUGCUCGGCUGUCACGAUCCUGGAGCUUAUCACACCUUUAUGGCAGGAUUUUGAGGUGGGCUGCAGGCACGUCCAUUCUCCUCUUACCCAGUGCACAGCUGGGAUACCUCCAUCUCCAGAUACAGAGCUAUGGAGAGCACAUGCUGUGGAUAUAAAAUUAAGGCCAAGAGUUUCUUUUCUUACUCAGUUAGGGUUUCCACAGAAAGGCAGGCAUUUUGGACAAGUAUUUCAAGUCAUUUCCUUAGUUUCUUUGGAAAUUAAGCCCAAAUCUGUCAC